CCAGUACCUCUACUAUUACCAAUUUACUACCGCGGUAACACUCACACGCGUGCGCACGCGAGAACGCUCGCCGAUAUUAUAUAUUAUAGGUAAACAAAUCGGUCGACCCGUGGCCAGUCCAGUUGUGUUCGCCGACGUAUCGACAGCGGUCUGCCGCCUCAACAAUAUCGAUCGGCGCGCUACACGCGCGCGUGUGUGUGGCGGCGAAUAAUUCGAUUUCGGCGGUAAAGCCGCUCGUACGGUUUUUCCUUUCGUUUUCCGUAUCGUAAUAAUAAUAAUAUUAUUAUCGUCGUUGCCCGUUCAAAAACGGGACGAUUGCCGCCGACGACGACGACCUAGGUCCAUCCUAUCCCCGGACCCGGAAGAGACGGGGACAACCAAUACACGUCAUUGUUGUAAUUUCCGCACCACCGACUGUUUUUUUUUUUUUUUAAAUUUUCAUCCGAGAACGACGGCACAAUAUUUUCCCCGUUGACGACGUUCCGGUUCAGUCGCUCCGUUUGACGUCAUAACACCGGCAAAGAGGAUAUUUAUACGUCGGUGAACAGAGUCCUCUCGCCCGUCAUCGAUUACUCCAACGAAGGAUAUAUCAAUAUAGCAGGUUGCCUAAUGGUUGACACAAUUCUAUGAUGAAUAAUACGUUCGCCGUAUAUACGAAACAUCGUUAAGACAGAUACCAUCCUAUAGAAAUAAUCCAAUCCGCGGAUCAGACAAAAAAACACGAAUACUAGUCAAUUCGGAUUAAAACAUGGCGUCUGCUACCCGAAUGGUACUCAUGCACCUACCCAAAAACAAUCCGAUCGACAUCACAUUUACGGACAUCCAGUUCACCGUAGACGUCGGGACAUUGCGCAGAGAAAAAAAACAAGUACUCAAAGGCGUUUCUGGACGCUUCAACAGUGGUGAACUAACUGUAAUUAUGGGACCAUCUGGUGCUGGAAAAUCAACGCUUCUAAAUAUUCUUACCGGAUUUGAACGCAAAGGAAUGAAUGGCGAAGUUCUGACAAGCCGUGUUGAUGACGAUGACUUGCUAUUAAAUAAUGAUUUGAGAAAAAAGAGUAACGAGGGUCGUACCAUAUGCAGAAAAGAAUCCUGUUACAUAAUGCAAGACGACCAACUGUGCCCACUUUUCACUGUAUUAGAAAUCAUGAUGAUGGCAGCUGACCUGAAACUCGGAUACACACUCUCCUACAAAUCUAAACUUCUUGUAAUCGAGGACAUUCUAGACAGCAUCGGACUCUCCGGCAGCCUUCACACCAGGUGCGGUAGAUUAUCGGGUGGACAGAAGAAACGCUUGUCCAUAGCUCUUGAACUUAUUGACAAUCCACCUAUUAUGUUUCUCGAUGAACCCACCACUGGUUUGGAUAGUACGAGCUCACAUCAGUGCGUGUCGAUCUUGAAAGGUCUGGCCAAAGGCGGUCGGACAGUAGUUUGCACGAUACACCAACCCAGCGCCAGCACGUACGAAAUGUUCGAUCACGUCUACAUUAUGGCCGAGGGGCACUGCGUAUACCAGGGCUCUAGUCAGAACACCAUACCUUAUUUGCAAACAAUCGGACUUAACUGUCCGCAAUACCACAAUCCGGCUGAUUUCAUUUUGGAAGUAGUGACGGGUGAAUAUGGAAAUUUUACCUCUCAACUCAAAACGGCAGCUAUUGAUCAAUCAUGGCGGACACCACCUCAAAUUGCCGAUUCACGUACAUUAUUAAAAAGAAAAUCUAAGAACCCUGGUCCGACUACAUUAGUCUUGGUCAACCAGCCCUCCGAAUUCAAUAAAUUAUUAGUACUGAUACACAGAAGUUUGAUGCAGGUCUACAGAGAUUGGACGGUUACUCAUGUAAAAGUAUGUAUGCACUUCCUCGUCGGGAUUUUACUGGGGCUCUUGUUUGAAAACGCCGGCAUCGACGGUGGCAAGACCAUCAACAAUAUCGGAUUCUGUAUUGUUACACUUGUAUACUUAAGCUAUACGUCUAUUAUGCCAGCUAUUUUAAAAUUCCCGUCCGAACUUCACAUUCUGAGAAAAGAGUUGUUUAACAACUGGUAUAAGCUAUCGACAUAUUUCGUAGCGUUUCUCGUCACGAAUAUGCCUUUACAGAUGAUGUUUUGUUUUAUUUACACAUCGAUUUCUUACUACUUGUCAGCACAGCUGAUGACGUGGACCAGAUUCUUGAUGUUCUUAUUUGUUUGUCAGUUAAUGACCCUAAUAUCUGAAGGUAUUGGCCUAAUUCUGGGCACAGCCAUGAACCCAGUUAACGGAGUCUUCAUUGGUUCGAUCAUCACUUGUCUGUGUAUUCUCUUCGCCGGUUUCUUAGUACUUUUCAACCACAUGCCUAUCGCCCUGUACUAUGUGUCCUACAUCAGUUAUAUGAGGUAUGCACUAGAAGGGCUGGUCGUCUCCAUUUACGGUUAUGGUCGUGAACCUCUGAUAUGUUUAAACGAAGAAGGUUACUGCCAUUACCGCUUCCCGGAAACGACAUUCAAAGAGAUCGGUAUGACCGAUGGAAAAUAUUGGACGGACAUAUCAGUGAUGGUUGGAUUUUUGUUUGUCAUUGUGAUAAUUAGUUUUUUGACUUUACGAAAAAGUUUGAAAUGUCGUUAAGCCUGUCAAUCUGUGAUUAUAAUCUUUAAAAUGUAUGUUGAACUUGUUACUCUAACUUGGUAAAAGAUUUACCCAAUAUACUGUAAUUUAAUUGAUACCGUCUUAAUAAUUUAGUGUAAAUACUUUUUUAUUUAAGAUUUAGGAUUACCGGUAUAUUUAUAUUAAGCCUAAGUGGUAGGUACCUUUGCUAUUUAGAUAUAUAGAACAUUGUUCAAUAUAUUAUUAUUUUUAUUAUUUUUAUUUAUGUAAAUUGUAAGCGUUGUAUUUAAUUUUUAUAUCAUUGAUAUUAAAUAGUGUUUAUAGAUGUUCACCUAUUUAUGUAAAGUAUCCUUAGUUUAGGUAUUGUAACUAUAUUGUUUCUAUCCAUGUGAAUUAGUACUUAAAGCGGUAGGUUGAUCGUAAAAAUAAAAUGCAAUUCAUUUUUCAA